AUGGAGAUGUACGCCGUCGAACUAGAUGGGAUAAACCGUGAGGUCGAGCUCGACCCACGAGAAGGUACCAAUAAAAAAACAAGCAAUGCCAUGAGAGACUUAGAGAAAGUGCAAAUCGAUGAUAAUAACCUAGAUUGGAUAGUCAAGAUUGGUGCCCAACUACCACCUCAAAUUCGUGAUAACCUGACAAACUUCCUACGUGAGAACGCUGAGGUCUUUGCAUGGUCAUAUGAAGACAUGCUAGGAAUAGAUCCCGAGAUCAUAUCACACCGUCUAAGUAUCGAUCUUGCCUUCAAGCCAAUACUCCAAAAACGUCGAGCUUAUGAUGUAGAACAGUACACUGCCAUGAAGGAAGAAGUGGACAAGCUCAUGAAGAUUGGUUUCAUUCGUGAAGUCAACUAUCCAAGAUGGUUGGCCAACGUGGUCAUGGUGAGGAAGACACCUGUAAAAUGGUGA